AACUAGAACGAGGCCUCUCCCUGGGGCCCUGGGUGGGAGGCAGGAGGACGUUGCUGUGGGGCCCGGUUGCCUAGCAAGUGGCUGCUGUCCCCAGUGGGCAGCGUGGAGUGGAGGAGCCCCAGGGGUGGGGAAGUGCGGUGUCUGCGAAGAGUUGCGGAGAGCUGCGGGCCCACUGCGUGCAGGCGCUAGCCUUCAUUCUGAAGAGGAGGAAGAGAAAGUGGUUUGCUCCAGAGAGCCCACCUUGUGAGCGUGGUUGGGGCUUGGCUUUGAACUCAGAUCCGUCUGACUGCAGAGCAGGUCUCUGCCCCGCCUUCUCUCUCUGGCUGGGGAGAGAGCUGGCUGGCAGCUGGUUUCCUAAGGCGGCCUGGCUGGCCAACUUUCCCAUGGGGAUCUCCAGGCCUCAGCAGCUGUGGAGCCGGGAAGGUGGGAGGGGGCCCUUCUGAGCAGAGUCUGCCCGGAGGCCCAAAGGUGUCAGCGCCACUGUCUCCACCAUCACUGAGAUUAUGAAAUGCCCUGGGGCAGGGCCCUCCUGAGUCACACACUCACUCGCCCUUGGAAUAGAUACCUGCCUGGGAGAGGAAGGGACGUGUCAGUACGGCUGGGGAAGGGGCUGGGUCCCAACCUCUUGAGGCCCACCACGUGCUUUAACCAGACGACAGGUGCCUUCCUCCUCACUGGACUCAGCCACAGAAAGAAGGGGCUAAGAGCCCAGCUCAGGUGGGAAGGGGAGCACUUCUGGAGGGGCUGGAGGACAGAGUUUGACCACAGACUUCGUGUUUUCCUCCAGCUUCGCAGAAAGUGAGUAUGCCCUAGGUAUGCCCCCGGGAGUGACAGACGUUCUGGUUGGUGAGGUCAGUGCCCUUGGGCCUCCCCUGGGAGUUUCCCUGUCUUCCUCCCUGGACUGUCCCUCUGCAGGGGGCUGCGGAAGCCAUCUAAGGACAAUAGGAUCUUGGUCAAGACAUUAUUCUUCUCUUCCCUUACAUUUCUCAUCUGUAAAAUGGAGGCAGGAGGCUGACGCAGUCCUCUGUCCUAUGGUGUGGCGUUCUGGGAUCUUAUCCCGUGGGGCUCUGGAAGGAUGGAAGGAGAGAAGGAAGAAGCAGGGCCCUCCAGGGGAGUCGGGAGUAUCUGCUGGGGUGGGAUGAAGAGGAGAAUUUUGGAGAGAAAGAUGGGAAGGGACAGCUGGAGUCUGUGCCUCUCAACAGAGAGGGAACCUUAUAUAAGUGACCUAAGUGACCACACACAAAAUGCAAAUGAAGGCUUUUGUCAGGGAGUUGGGAGGGGGUGCUGUGCAUCUGCGGGGCCAGUGGAGAGGAUCGGCAGGCCCUGGGGGGAGGGGUGGGGCUCUUCUGCCCCCAGAGGCCAGGGCAGAGGCUGGUUCUUGCCCCACAAGCCUCAUCUGCCUCGGCAGGGCAGCCCGGUGGGGUGGGAGCCUCAGUGAGCUCAUGGACAGCUGGAGGGGGGAGGGCAUUGUGUGGUGCGAACUGGCUGGGUCUGUGCCCUGUCCUGCUCGGGCCACUGGCUCCAUUGUCUGGAGUCCCCUGGUCCAGGUGACACAGCUGAGCCAACCCGCCCUUCUGUGCAAGAUUUUGCCAGCUCCCCUCAAACACAGAAGAGGGACAUGGGGUCUCAGAAUCCCUUAGCUGGAAGGCCCCACUGACUGGCUGGACCCAGUGGGAGUGGGGAGAUAUGGGAGGAAGCCUAGGUACAGCUGGGAUCAAGGAGGGAGAGCAGACGGGCCUCUUUCUGCCAGAAGUGGGAUGUUUCCGGGUUCUGAGGCAAAGCCGGGCCUAUAACCUGCUUGAGAUCCUCAGGGCAGGGCCCCCGCUGGGUCCCCACCUUCCUCUGGUUUACUGUCCUUUAUCGGGCGGGGGUCCAGAGCGGUGCUGGCAGCGGGAGAGGCAGUGGGGACCCCGGCAUCGCCAGCUUGUCCUGCCCUUCCCUACAGGAGUGCAGUGCCUCGCCCGGGAGGUGCUGGUCCCCAAGGGGCCGCUGUACCGAGUAGCUGGCACAGCCGUCUCCAUCUCCUGCAACGUGAGCAGCUACGACGGCCCUGUCCAGCAGGACUUUGAGUGGUUCCUCUACCGGCCCGAGGCGCCCGAGGCGGCACUGGGCAUCGUCAGUACCAGGGACCCCCGGUUCUCGUAUGCAGUCUUCGGGCCCCGCGUGGCGGCCGGCGAGGUGCAGGUGCAGCGUCUGCAGGGGGACGCCGUGGUGCUCCGGAUCGCCCGCCUCCAGGCCCAGGACGCGGGCGUUUACGAGUGCUACACGCCGUCCACCGACGCCCGCUACCUGGGCAGCUACAGCGGCAAGGUGGAGCUGAGAGUUCUUCCAGAUGCCCUGCAGGUGUCUGCUGCCCCCCCAGGUCCCCGAGGCCGCCAAGCCCCAAUUUCACCCCCUCGCCUGACCGUGCACGAGGGGCAGGAGGUGGCGCUGGGCUGCCUGGCACAGACGAGCACGCAGAAGCACACGCACCUAGCUGUGUCCUUCGGGAGAGCCGUGCCUGAGGUGCCAGUGGGGCGAGCAACUCUGCAGGAAGUGGUGGGGCUCCGGCCAGACUUGGCCGUGGAGGCCGGGGCUCCCUAUGCCCAGCGGCUGGCUGCCGGGGAGCUGCGGCUGGCCAAGGAGGGGGCUGAGCAGUACCGCAUGGUGCUGGGGGGUGCCCAGGCAGAGGACGCGGGCACCUACCACUGCACAGCGGCCGAGUGGAUUCAGGACCCUGACGGCAGCUGGGCCCAGAUUGCCGAGAAGAGGGCGAUCCUGGCCCACGUGGACGUGCAGACGCUGUCCAGCCAGCUGGCGGUGGCUGUGGGGCCCGGAGAACGUCGGAUCGGCCCAGGGGAGCCCUUGGAACUGCUGUGCAACGUGUCAGGGGCCCUGCCUCCGCCGGGCCGCCACGCCGCGUACUCUGUGGGCUGGGAGAUGGCACCCGCGGGGGCCCCGGGGCCUGGCCGCCUGGUAGCCCAGCUGGACACAGAGGGUGUGGGCAGCCUGGGCCCGGGCUAUGAGGGCCGGCACAUUGCCAUGGAGAAGGUGGCGUCGAGAACCUACCGCCUGCGGCUGGCGGCCGCCAGCCCGGGGGAUGCCGGCACCUACCGCUGUCUCGCCAAGGCCUACGUCCGAGGGGCUGGGGCUCGGCUUCGGGAAGCCGCCAGUGCCCGCUCCCGGCCGCUCCCCGUGCACGUGCGGGAGGAAGGGGUGGUGCUGGAGGCCGUGGCCUGGCUGGCAGGGGGCACCGUGUACCGCGGCGAGACGGCUUCCCUGCUCUGCAACAUUUCGGUGCGGGGCGGCCCCCCAGGGCUGCGGCUGGCGGCCAGCUGGUGGGUGGAGCGGCCCGAGGCCGGGGAGCUGAGCUCUGGCCCUGCCCAGCUGGUGGGCGGCAUGGGCCAGGACGGUGUGGCAGAGCUGGGCGUCCGGCCCGGAGGAGGGCCCGUCAGCGUGGAGUUGGUGGGGCCCCGGAGCCAUCGGCUGCGCCUGCAUGGCCUGGGGCCCGAGGAUGAAGGCGUGUACCACUGUGCCCCCAGCGCCUGGGUGCGGCAUGCCGACUACAGCUGGUACCAGGCCGCCAGUGCCCGCUCGGGGCCCGUCACGGUGUACCCCUACACGCAUGCCCUGGACACCCUGUUUGUGCCCCUGCUGGUGGGUGCUGGGGUCGCCCUAGUCACCGGCGCCACCAUCCUUGGCACCAUCACCUGCUGCUUCAUGAAGAGGCUGCGAAAACGGUGAUCCCUCGCUCCCCAGUUCUCACAGGUGUCGACUGUCUUCCAGCCCAGCUCCAAGACCACCUCUGGUUGCCUGGCUACCCAUCUCCCUCUGUCCCCCUUCCUUUAAUUUAUUUGAUCUCCCCCACCCAGAGUGGGGCACAUGGCCUGAUCCCCCACUCCUCCCUUCCCAACCCCUCCCUCUGGGCUUCUGUUCUCCAUCUCAUGCCCAGCCCAUAGGGAGGCCAUUCCCUGUCCCAGAAUUAGUUUUUCUAAAAUGUGAAUAAACUUAU